AUGACAAAUGUUGGUAUUGAUUCUCUCCCCCUCAAAUGGCAGAAUCUAAGACAAAUCCUCCGUACCACUAAAAAGAUUCAAGAACUGGAUCUUAAGGAAUUGUUUGGCACUCUUCAGUUUAAAGAGAAAGCCUUGGCUCAAAACAUUAGAGCCUCUACGGAAUCUAGGAGACAUGUUAGCUCAUCUUCUGCAGCCAGCACUUCUGCAAACCCUUUAACUGACCCUCUUGCUCUCAUCUCUACUGAGCCCAUCUAUCCCAAUGAUGGUGCCAGCACCUCUGCUCUUCCAGCAUCCUUUCAAGCUCUUGUUGAAGAGCUUGAUGUUGAAGAGAAACAGGAAAUGUUCAGUGAUUUUGUGGAAUUUGCCUUAAUCGCUAGAAAGAAGUACUCCAGGAAAUGGAACAACCGUAAGUCGGUUGCUCCAUAUAAGCCUCAUGUGGAUAAAUCACAGGAAGAAUGCUGGAAAUGUGGCAGAAAAGGCCAUUAUCAGAAAGAGUGCAGGUCCAUUGCUCCUCAGCCACUUACUUUGAAUAUGGCUGAGACUUUCAAAAGAAGUACCGUUGCUGUGCCCUAUGACUAUAGCACGCCUCAGCGAGCUGAUCAUACUAAACAGCAACCUCAGUCAAUCUCAUCUAAUUCUUUUCCUUCUAAAGUCUUAAAUGCUGAGGAAUCUCAGCAUGAACGCCUCAUGGUGAGACGAGUAAGGUUUGGAGAUGCUAGGUUUCAACAGGAAAGCUCAUCUCAAGCUAAAUCUGUUGUCCAUCAGCAGGCAACUCAUUCAUCUCCACCUCGAUCAAUUCUGAGACACCCAACUCCUCAAAGAGGUAAGAUGCCUCAGUCGGUCAACAGACCAACCACCCCUCAGCGAGGGUGCAUUCCUCAGCAACAAAUGAGGAAUGUAACUCCUCAGCGAGGAAACAUUCCUCAGCAACGAAUGAGGAGUGUUACUCCUCAGCUAGGAAAUGUUCCUCAGCACCAAAUAAGGAGUGUGACUCUACAAAGCGGACACUUGCCACAUCAGCAAGUGAGAUCCUCCACUCCCAAUAGAGGACAGCUGUCCUCUCAGCAGAUACAAUCUUCUAUUACUAUUGGAGAAUAUCUCCCUCACAGGCAAGGGAGGUCUGCUACUCCAAACCGUUCUUCUAGGUCCACUACCCCCCAGCAGAGUUCAUCAACCUAUGACUUCCUCCUCUCAAACUAA